AAAAAAAUUCUUUUACUGACCGCAAUGAUAUUAGUUAAUACCCUAAUAACGACGUUUUAUUCUCUCCGUUCUCCACGCAUCUUUUGGCAAAGUAGGGUUUCAACUUUCAAGUAGGUGGCUUUUAAGUUUUAUGCUGCAGGUUCAGGAAUAACUUCACACCGUGCCUUCCCCUCCCGAGAGAAAGAGAGAGGGCAGCAGCAACAAACAGCAGCAGAAGCAGCAGCAGCAGCAGCAGCCGAGGCCGAGGCAGAACCCUAUUCCAAUUCUGUUCUUGAAUCUCUUCCCAAUUCACUGCAACUGGAGAGAUUUUUAGAUUAAAAUUAUCCAGAGAGAAAGAGAGGAAGGGAGAGAAAAAAAAAAGAAAUUAGGAAAUAGGAAGCAAGAAUGUUCCCCUCCAAGAAGGCAACAACUAUGAAUUCAUCCUCCCACGAGAGGCCUCCUUCCGUGUGCGUCCAGGGCGACUCCGGCCUCGUGCUCACCACCGAUCCCAAGCCGCGUCUCCGGUGGACCGUCGAGCUCCAUGACCGCUUUGUCGAUGCCGUCACCCAGCUCGGAGGACCCGACAAGGCGACACCCAAAACCAUCAUGAGAGUUAUGGGUGUGAAGGGCCUCACUCUCUACCACCUCAAGAGCCACCUUCAGAAAUUUCGGCUAGGGAAGCAACCUCACAAGGAUCCCAAUGAUCAUAAUUCUUUCAGGAAUUCUACGGUAGAUCUACACAGAAACGCAGCUUCCUCAUCAAUGAUGGGUCGUAACUUGAACGAGAACAUGCACAUGAUGCAGAUGGAAGUUCAAAGGAGACUACAAGAACAGUUAGAGGUGCAAAAAUUGAUUCAAAUGCGGAUUGAGGCGCACGGGAAGUACAUGCAGAGCAUACUAGAGAGAGCGUGUAAAGCUCUGGCCGCCGAGAGCAUGGUCAACUCCGGCAGCAGCUACAAAGCGCCGGCGAUGGCGGCUGACGGCCAGUUGAGUGCCCCAAUCAAGGAGCUGAGUUCCUCCAUGAGCUUCCCUUCUCUCCAAGACCUCCACUUAUAUGGCUCGGGGGACCAAUUGGAUCACCAUAAUUUAGAUCAUAGCUUCAAUUUUAGCCCCAACAGCAGUGCCGAAUCCAUAAUUUUAGGCAAGUCCAAGAGGCACAGCCCUUGCAAUAAUGUCAAUGGGAGGAGCUCGUGGCUCGGUUGGGGCGCCGCGCUCGGACCCAGCAGUAGUGUUGACCAAGAGCCGUACUCCAAGUGCGACCAGCUUCUUCACAUGGCACUGCCCGUGAUCGAACCUGCCGGCAUUGAGGUGAAUCCCAUGGCCAACGUCUACGAGACCAAGCCAGUGCUUUCACUGGACGGCACCCUCACCGCUGCCGACGAUCAGAAGAAGUACGAUGGAUCGUCAUCGUCGGCGUCGAAGCUCGACCGACCGUCGCCGCCGCCGAGGAGAGCUCCGCUUGGAAUGGAGAUGAUUAGCCCCAUGAUGGCGAUGACACAAGCUAGGAACUUGUCCUACGGGUGAGGCUGACUAUAUCGGUGGGUGCAGUUCUAUCUCACCAGGCUCAUGCUCAAAUAAGCGAUUGAGUUGGAGUUGUGUGUCGUAAUUAAUUAAUUAACCACUAAACUUUAGCUAGCUAGCUGCUGCUUGAAACAUUAGCUGAGAUAUUGGGAGUGCCUUAAUUUUGUUGUUGGAGCUAUCUUAAUUUUGGUUUUGUGUUCCCUUUGAUCUUGAGAAGCAAUAGGAUGAACAAUUGUACU